UUAGAUAAAAAUGCGCAAGUAAGGCUAAAUCUGAAGAUAAAGCCUAAACCUGAGAUGCAGACUGGAACUGACCAAUCUAGGGUUUACUACACCCAGGAAUAUAAGGACAGGAAACAAUUUGAAACCAAUUGGAAGCUUGGUGCUACUAGUUCCUAUACACCUACCCAGAGUAAUGCUGGGUGUCUGAGCUAUCCAACCAAACCAAACGCACAUAGAAGGAUUGACGACUCCGGAAUCAGUUUUGGAUUGUCGAGUCUGAUGGAUCAGGAUGGUUCAGAAACAGGGUCAGAAAUUGACAAUAUUGAUUCUGGAUUUUUGGAGGACGGAACAUUCUUUAAUUCUCCAGGAAACAACCAACCCUACUCAUGUGGCUACAGGACUAGUUCAGAUCAUCAAUUAGUUGAUUCGGGUUUUAGAACCAAUGCAUUCAAUGGGUACUCGUCAAGUGUGCAGGUUGAUUCCGGUCCUGUGUUCAACUCUUUCUCUAAACCUGAACCAGACAUAGCUCCGUGUAUGGAUAGAGUUCCAGGUCCUAAACCUGACUCGGAUGGACAUUUCGCCAGUUUUUCAGGGAUAACUUCUGAUACUGGAUACUACUCUUACUCGGAUGCAUCUCUUAGUCAGAUAACUGAGCACACUUUAGCUCCUAGCUACACCCCACACCUAGAGUACCACACCACUAGAACACCAGCACAUGGAUAUAGAUCCUAUUUUGAACCAAAUCAGGGAACAAACCCUUCUGGUUGGACUAUGGAGAGAACACCAUCAAUGCAGGGACGAAACCUCGAUGAACCUCAAGCUCCUCAGAAAUCCAGAGAAUUUGUUUCAACCCGUUCCGAAGAGGAGUGUUUAGAGAGCAAGAAAGAGUUAUUUAAGAAGCCUGAUGGUGCCAUAAGACCGGAAGUUAGAGAUCAACUAAAUAACUUCCGGGGUCAACUUCGCCGUAACCCAGAAGAGCUGGUCAAUCCUAACCCGGAACCUCCCUCUGCUCCUGUUCCUGAAUAUAUCCCAGCUCCGGAGCCUGGAUUGAGACAGGUUUCUGAGAUCCCUGAGCCAGGACGGAUUCUCUUCUCAUCCCUCUCCAGUUUUAACAAAGUCCAAUCUGAGGUUCUGGAUGAUGUUUUCUACUCUGACAGGAGUGUAGUGGUUGCUGCUCCUACUGGAUCUGGUAAGACUGGUGUAUUUGAGCUUGCUAUUGCCAGACUACUCAACUCCAAGCUAGGAAGAGGAGAAGGAGAAGGUGGUGGGGUUGGAUGGAAGAUUGUAUAUAUAGCUCCAGUGAAAGCACUGUGUACGGAGAGGGUUUUGGAUUGGAGAAAAAAACUAGCUCAGUUGAAUUUGCGGAUUCUGGAACUAACCGGAGAUCAGACUGGCGAGGAGAUUGAAGGAAUUGAAAGAAGUGAAAUUAUUGUCUCUACCCCGGAGAAGUGGGAUGCUGUGAGCCGAAGGUUCCGUGGAAACCAAUCUUUAAUUAAAUCCAUCCAGCUCUUCCUGGUGGACGAGGUUCAUCUUAUCAAUGAUGAAGACAGAGGUCACGUGUUGGAAGCUAUUGUUAGUCGUCUGAAAGCUAUCAAGUGUCCUGCCAGGUUUAUAGCUGUGUCGGCCACCUUCCCUAAUGUUGAUGAUGUAUCUAUAUGGCUGGGAGGUCGGUCAGCUGUAUUCUUCAAGUUUAACGAGGAUUCAAGGCCAGUCAAACUUAACCGGGUAGUUAUAGGUUACCCGUUCUACUCCGGGCAGUCUGAGUUUAGGUUUGAGAUGAAUCUGUCCUACAGACUCCGACCUAUCCUGGAGGAAUACGGGAACUAUAAACCUAGUCUUGUAUUCUGCAACAGUAGGAAGGCAACUGUACACACAGCUACAGUGCUAUCUCAGGAGUUCAAAGCAAGGUUUGAUGUCCCAACCAAGACUAAAGUACUCUCUCAGUCCAGCUCCAUAUCUGAUCCUAAGCUAAGAAACCUCGUGGUAGAGUUCGGGAUCGGAUAUCAUCAUGCCGGAUUGAGUCCUGGUGACCGGCGUAUUGUGGAGAACCUGUUCACCCAGAACUGUCUUGUAGUUCUUACCUGCACCAGUACUCUGGCUCUAGGGGUUAAUCUUCCAGCUUAUCUUGUAGUCAUUAAGUCUACACAGCAGAUGAAUAAGGGCGGUUGGCGGGAGUACAGUGAGAGUCAAGUUCUCCAGAUGGCGGGUAGGGCGGGUAGACCUCAGUUCUGUGAUACCGCCACCGUUGUUAUUAUGACAGAGGAGAGUAUGAAGCGGCAUUAUGAACGAUUAAUCGGUGGAACCCAGCUUGUUGAAUCCAACCUUCAGAAACAUCUUCAUCAACAUCUCAAUGCCGAGAUUAUUCUAGGAACUAUAAAGACGGUGGGUGAAGCUGUGACCUGGCUUAAAUCUUCUUUUCUCUACAUCCGGGUGAAGAAAAAUCCCACAAGAUAUUCUCUGGCUCCAAAUCUAAUUGAGUUUGAACUGGAGGAUCAACUUUAUCAAAUGUGUCUCCAGGCUCUAAAUGAUCUAGCUGGAGCUGAACUUAUAACUCUCUCCGACUCCGGAGAUAUUAACGGAACCUCAAUCGGUAGACUCAUGUCAAGGUUUUAUCUUGGGUUUGAGACAAUGCGAAACUUGACAACUCUAACCGGAGACGAAUCUAUCCUGCAGGUUCUAGAGAAGAUUACUGAAAGUAAAGAGUUCUCCGAUGUUAUCCUAAGAACAGGAGAGAAGAAGAUACUCAACAGUCUGAAUUCAGGGAAGGAAGCAAAGAUUAGGUUCAAGUUAGAAGGAAAAGUAAAAACUCCAGCAAUGAAAGUCAAUGUUCUUAUUCAGUCGAUGCUUGGUGUGGUUGCUAUCUCUGAGCCUGGAUUGAACCUGGAGGCUCAUCGACUAGUUCAGCUUGCAGGACGGAUAUCAAGCUGUUUAUUGGAGUUUAUUAUCAACAGUAGGAGAUUACAGAAUUGUUUUCAGAUUGUUAAAAGUGUUCUCAUACUUAACAAGAGCUUGACCUCGGGGGUUUGGGAGAAUACAGUUCAUGUAGCAAAACAGAUGGAUAGAAUAGGUUUGAUCCUGUCAAAUCAUCUGGUAGCUGCAGGGUUCACUUCCUUCUCCGUUCUAGCCGCAGCUAACCCACGUGAUAUUGAGAUAGCCUGUAGCAAGACUCCUCCGUUUGGGAACAGUGUUCGCAACUUUGCGCUAAAUAUGCCUCGUUACAGACUGAAUGUGAACCAGACAUCUCGCGGCAAGGGUAUCUCCGAAAUCUUAAUUUCUCUUGAGAUCCUAAACCAUGACGAGUGUAAGGAUAGAUACUCUCCGGGUAGAUCUGGUGGCUGGAGCUUAAUCGUAGGAUCAGGAAACCAGCUGAUAAGUAGAACGAAAGGAACCAACGGGUUGCUCCAGGAUAUCAGUAAACCUUGGAACAAGACCCUAUCCGUCCACUACAAGGACUGUGAAGCAGGAAUCCUUGAGGUUUAUCUUAUCCAUGAUACAAUAUCAGGAGUUGAUGUUGGGAAUGAGUUUAAGGUUGAGUUUAACCGUCCUUGUCUUCCUGCUCCGAUACAGAGAGAACCAAUCCCUGUCUCCAGGUCCAGGAUAAACAAUAAACAGAACUGGGAUAGAUCAGAUCUGCCCCUAGAGUGGUAUAUGCACCAGAAAUCCGUCCAAGAUCAAACCUAUUCUCAAAAUUGGUUUCAACCAUCCGACGAGAAUACUGCAAGUAAACAGGAAUACUUUGAGCAGGAGAAGAUUAAUGAACACUUUGGUAAAGGUGAAUUCCAACCUAGAGGAAACUUCGGAAACCCUGGUAUCAACGGAGGAUUCACGGAGUUCUGUGAAACGGGAGAAGGAGAAGAUAUUUUGGAUGAUUCUGAAUUUGAUUAUCAAGGGAAUCUCGGAUACAAUUUUUUCAGCAAACAGCAAGAACCUCGGGGGUUUCAGGUAUCCCAAAGUUUUCAAGGAUCACAGGACAUCCCGGGUUCCCGGCAAUUUCAAGGAUCCCAAAAUUCCCAGUGUUCUGAGAUGUUCCAAGGAUCUGGUGGAUAUGAAGGAUCUGAUAGUUUUAACAGUACUCCGGGUACAGCACGAGCCUGUAGACAUCCCUGCUCAGAUAAACAGAAUUGUGCACAUAAAUGCUGCAAAGUUGGAAUAAAGAGUAGAACCAGGUCAGGAGGAGUAAUUAGCAAACUCAACUCUAUUGCAGCAGAAUUUAAACAGAUUAAUAGGAUUCAUGAUUUAUCCAGGUUUAGAAGAAUUCCUAAACAAGGAUUAAGUUCUCACACCCUGAAGGAGAGUGCCGGGAAUCUGAAGACGUUUUCUUCCUCAACAACUAGGUUUGAUCUCACACCCUCCUCAGCACACAGUUCACCUCCUGGUUGUACCCAGAUACAAUCUUCAUAUGGAGCUUCAGUCCAGCUGGACAAUUCAAGCUUAGAGGAUAUCACAAACCUAUACUCCACCUAGAGUCAGUUCAUAGUUUCUUAAUCCUAAUAUUCUAUUAUUAGUGUAUAAUAUAGCUUAAAAGCAUAGAUUUAUGCAAACCCAUAAAUUGAAAAUCUAUCUGUUCAACACAUAAUAUGUAGCAAAGUAUUUCUUUUUCAAUAUUACCACAAACCAAUAAUUUCAAAUCAUAUCUAUGUAUUCUUUAAUAAGAAGUUAAGUAUUCCUGUUCUAUAAAUGUUAAAGCAUAUCUAAGUACUCUGUAAUAUGUAAAAAUAAUUCCUGUUUUAGAUAAAAAGAUUAAUAAAAAAUGUCAAUCAGAUCUCCGGUAUUAAGUGAUGUUUCCUGUGGUUAAAAUGUCUCCGCCAAAAUUAUGUAAAAUCGUGUAGCCACUCUCUAAUACAUGAAGCAAUGUUUUCUGUGUAAGAUUAGCAUGUAGCCUAAAUUAUGUAAAAUCGUGUAGCCACUCUCUAAUACAUUAAGCAAUGUUUUCUGUGUAAGAUUAUCAUGUAGCCCAAUUUAUGUAAAAUCAAUUAGCCACUCUCUAAUACAUGAAGCAAUGUUUUCUGUGUAAGAUUAGCAUGUAGCCUAAAUUAUGUAAAAUCGUGUAGCCACUCUCUAAUACAUGAAGCAAUGUA